AUGAAUGACGAUUUGGCUGCUGUAGAAAAGUACAUUGAAAAAAUAAGACAACAAACCACAAAUGUAAUUAGCUAUAAUAUACCGCCAAGUGAGUUUUGUCAUUUUUAUAACACUAAAAAUACAAAUGAUACAACACUUUCCAGUUUCUUCACCAAGGAUACCAAAUUUCAAGACGAUAUCAAAAGAAAUACUAAAGCGUUAAAACUAUUUUUAAAAAAACUACAAAAUAAAUGUGUAAAUAAUGAAAAACUAUUGCUUAGAAUUUUCGAGGCGUUGGAUUUACUUUUCCAGUAUAAUCCCUUGAUUUUUAUAUACAUAUUUGAUAACGAACCACCAUAUAUUUCUGAUAGCUCCAACCAAGGCAUUUGGUUUAUAUUUGAAUCUAUUUUUCAAAUAGUCAAAAAACAAGUAGUAGAUAACUACGAAUUUGCUAAUAAAGUGAAUAAAAAGUUUAUUUUUGGUUGGUGCUCAUUUUCUAUUGAUUUGUUUGGUAUUAAUCUGGAAAAUUUACUUGUUAAUAGAAUCAGACUUGAAAUUAUGGAAUUACAAUCGGAUUUAAUGUCAAUUUUCAAUGAUAUAAGCAACGGGAAGGCUUCCAGUAGAAAUAAUUUGGAUUUUUUGUGUGAUAAAUUAACAGAAUUUUUAGUUUAUUUUGAAUGGGCACUUUACAUUAAACUACCCGGUGAUUUAAUAAUCGAAAGAAAUCUAAGAUUUAUUUUCUAUCUUUUGGGGAAUAUUGACUCACUCGAUAUAACAAUGUUUUGCUUGAUCUUCAAAUUUCAAAAUAGGUUUUUAUUAAUUUUAAAGAAUUACAUUUUUGUCGAUAACGUCCUUUCAAUAAAUAAAUUAAAUUGUUUUUUUCAAAUUAUAGAUAAUAUAUUAAGCGACUUAACUACAAACCAGUAUUAUCACGAUAUACUGGUAUUGGGCACUAACAACAAUGACCAGUUGGAGAAGUUUAUAGUGGAAGAGCUGGACGUUUUACCAGAUAUCCUUUUAGAUGUCUACGAAUGUAUAGUAGACGAAAAACUGGAUAUUGUUGAUUUUACACAGACUUUAAAUGUUGCAAAAUGGUUUCAGAUAUAUAAUAAAGAAAGCUUGCCCUUCAGCACCAGCUUGAAUGGGGUUUUAAUUUUUAUAAUGUGCCAAUUUAAUGGGAGUAGUUCAAGUUUAUUUGUAAAUGCUACCGCCUUUCAAAAUAAAAUCAAAAAUAUUGAGACAAAAUAUCUAGAAUCAGCAAAUAUGCCAGUCUUCACCAGGUAUAUAUACCAUGAAGUUAAAGAGUUAAAUUAUAAUAUUACCGACUUAAUAAGCAAAAGAGCUGAUUUAAAAGUUUUCUUACACAGCAGAUUAAUAUAUACAUUAAACAAACCAGGUUUGGAUUCAUCUGAUUUAAAACUAUGCAUUAGGUUGAUUUCCAAAUUGGAUUGCCAAGUAUCUUCAGAAUGUGUAUGCGUGCAUUGCACCACUGAUGAAAAUAAAUGGAAUUUAAGAGAUGUUGAUCCGAAUAGAUUAGAUAUAAAAUUUAGUUACGGCUACAAGAUUUUAGCUGACACUCUUUUGCAAAGGGACUUACAAAAACUAUCCAUUUCGGUACAAUUGGAACUGUUAUUUUGCUUAAGAAAUAUCUUUCACCAUUUUCAAGUUCCUUUAAAGUUAGAGGGUCCAAUCUACAAAUUUGUCACCAAGUGUUAUGACUCACAAGAUAGAAUACUCAGAACCAUCAGCAGCGCAAUCUUGGUAUUAUACGCAAUAAGUUCAAGGUACAAUAAUAAUGAUAAACAGAGUCUUUUAUUGAUGUCGUUUUUGGAAUCACCGCACCCUAAUUAUACCAUAGAUACAAGACUAGAAACGUGGGCUCAAUUUUUCCUUUCUUCAAGAGACGAGAUUGUGGAUCCAUUAUUGAAGAAAUUGUUAAACUAUGUGAAUUCGCAUGAUUUUAUCGAAGAGUAUUUUGCAAUUUUCCAGAUCAGAUAUAUAGCAAAAAUAAUGGAUAAUAAGUCUCCGUAUCAAUUGUUAUCGCCUAUUUUGCCAUUAGUUGUCAGUAAAUUAAGUAUUCGUUUGGGCACAAAUCCUGGCGUUUUUAAAAAAAUUGCAAAUUUGACAGAGAGACCGAUUGAUAAAUUUUUAGAAAGAUUUCAAAGAUAUAUUGUGCCAUAUGUCAUUACUUAUUAUAAGAAGGAUAUCAUACAACACAUUUCCAAUAUUACUGGCACACCGAAAAAACAAAUUGUUUAUAAAAAUAUCAAUCGAAUAAUAGCUGUCUUAUUAGUUUCUGGAAACAAUUUUUCAUUACCAAAGCUAAUUGAAAUCCUAUGCAAUUGCGAACCAUCUUUUAAAAAUAAGAGCAUCUCUGAUGUUGUUAAUUGGUACAUUGUUUUGUCAGAGAUUGCUCAACUAUAUGAUAAUUGUGAUGAACUUCAAGCAACGCACGAAAAACCAACAAACAAACUCGUAAUAAUGAAAUGUUUAUAUUUUGUUUUUAAUCUGAUGGAUGACAAAAGGAACCAAAAAAAGAAACAAUUGUAUGAAGAGAUUAUAGCGAAAAAUAUUUCUGAGGCUUGGAAUUUAGAUGAAAUGAGGCAAUUUGAAAAAUAUAUGUCCGAACACAUUUUGGGUAUUUUCCAUUUUUUCAGUUCUAGCAUGUCUAACAAUAUGGAAAUAAAUACUUAUUUUGAAAAAAUAAGAAUUAUAAAUGGUGUUACUUUUAUGAUCAAUAAUGCCUCAGAACAAGCCUUGAUCUCAUCCUUGGCUAUUAUCAGUUUAUGCCUACAAGUUGCCAUGGAAAUUCCGGAAGUUAGAUAUUACUCCAUGAAGGCUUGGUAUUGUUUAGUAAAAUUGCUAUCUGAUGAGCAAUUAUUUACCAUAAUUGAUUUAGUGGUUUAUUUCAUAUGUCAGAGAUGGAACAGUUUUGACACGAAAACCAAAACAGUUUGUCAAGAAAUAUUCAACAUCUUACUCACGAAUAAAAAAAAUUACAUAAUUGAAAAGAAACCUUCCAUAAUAUACAGCCUAAUGAAAAAUGAAGAAAUAAAUUUGAUAGAUAGACAUAAACAUUUCUUUCAAAAUAAUAGAAAGUUUUUUGCAAGAUUAGACAAUAUUAAUAUAUUUUUAACAAAUUUGGAGAGCGAAAAUGUCUAUAUUGUUCUGCAAACUUUGGACGAUAUCAAGCUAAUAUUAUCUUUGAUGAAAAAAGAUAUAUCGGAAUUUAAUAUUGCCAGUGUUUCCAAAUUAUUGGGAUUGUUAUUGAAUGUUUCUUAUAAAUUCAAACACAUUUCGUUCAAUAUAUCGACAAAGGCCACCGAGUGUAUUAGUCUUAUUGGGUCCGUCGAUCCUACUGUUUAUAAAAUUACAAGAAAGAAUAAAGAUAUUGCUUUUGUUUAUGAUUUAAGCGACUAUGGUCAACAAAUCUCCUUUAUUAUGAAAACUAUGAAUAAAAUUUUAGUACCGGCAUUUUGGCAAACCACCAAUCGUUCUGAGCAAUCCUUCAUAGCAUAUGUCAUGCAAGAAUAUAUCAAAUUUUGUAAUUUGGAUUUAAAAAGUUGUGAUUUUAGCCAGUCGUCUGAAAAGAAACAUUUAUGGGAUAUUUCGUUCAACGAUCUAGCUAAAGCUACUCUAGAACCAUUAAGAUCAUCCAAAUAUUCAAUUGGAUCAAACAGUGGCGAUUACAGUCCAUUGAUUUAUCCAUUUUAUAAUAAAACUAUGAAGUUUCAAUUUUGGGUCAGAGGUUUUAGUACUGACUUGCUUAAAAGAUUAAUGUGCAUUAGGGAAGAAUCCUCAACCAGUGCGACACCUGUUUUCUCAAUAUACUCUUCUCUUCUUAAAGAAGCCAAUGAACAACUUUGCGAAUAUAUUCUACCUUAUGCCGUUGGUUAUAUUUCUCUAAAACGCAGCCCAGAAUAUAAAAUCUUAUUGGAAAAUAUAAAAACCGAAUUUUUAAGUAUAUUUAGGAUUGAAGUUGCCAAUUUGAAUCACCACCAACUGGAAACGCUAAAACAAUGCUAUGAAGUAAUUUUUAAAAUUUUAGAAUAUUGUAAACAGAUUUUAGCUCAAUACAAUCAAAAGAAUACAGAAUUUAGCAGAUUGACAAAGGAGGAACUUAAUCAGAUUGAAGAAUUAGUUGUAUGCAUUCCAUUACAUUUAAUGGCACAAAGGUCUCUAGAAAUGAACUCUUUUGAAAGAUCUGUUCUAUAUUUGGAACAAUCAUAUCGUUCGGGCGAAUUUGUUUCAGAUAAUGAUAGAUUACGAGAACAUCUUCAAACAGCAUAUGCAAAUAUCCAAGAUCUGGAUGCCAUUGAUGGUGUGCUAAAAAAAUUUACAACAAUUGAGCUUUCCGGCAAAUUGGAUGAAUUACUUUACAGCGAUAACUGGGAAAUGGCACAGCAAUGUUUAGAAGAGUUGAGCGUGACAAAUGUGCAGGAUUAUUCCAUCAAUCAUAAGUAUUUAGAAUCUUUACACAAACAUCAAUUAUACGACAAAUCUUUGGUUAAACUAGACACUUUAAUUACUUCUCCUUGUAUCAAUGAACAUGCGCUAAUUCAAUAUUUAAAUUUUGGCUUAGAAGCGUCUGUUAUGUAUGGAAAAUAUGAGAAAAUUGGGAAAUACGUUGGACUAAUUGAAAGACGCUUUGAAGAUCAACUUAAAAAGAACCUUUAUCCUCACAUAUUGUACAAUUAUAACAUUGCGAAAUUGUACACUUUCGUGUAUAGGCAGGAAUGGGACCAAACACUUGCAUGUUUGGACAACUGUAACAAAUUAAUUGCUAGACACUUUAUUACCUCUCCUAACGCAACCACAAUCUUAAAAAUUAGACAGAUCUUUACAAAUUUGCAUUCUAUCCAUGAUUUAAAGGUUUUGAUUGAUUCCAGGAAAUUUGAUACAGUAGGUCCGGAACAAGAAGAACUAACAUUGGAAGAAAAUUUAGAAAAAAGACUAGUGGCUAUUGGUGACGAUUUUGGUUCGAAGUAUAAGUUGUUAUCUUUGAAAAAAACUUUUCUAAACUUAUCGUCAAACGAUAAGAUUUCAAACAAAUUAUUCCUAACUUAUUUUGAAAUGGCACAAAUAUCGAGACAAAAUGGUAGACAGGACUUAGCAAGUAAACUAUUAAUGGAUGCAUGGUCAGAACAUAAUAAAAACCAAUUUCAGUUAGAAUUGGAGUAUUCGAACCUAUUAUGGGAAAGAAACGAAAAGGAUAAAGCGUUAAAAAUGAUUUCUGAAAUAUAUAACCAAAUGAAAACGGAUAAAGACAAUUCCAUUGAUCAAGAAGAAUCAAAAGUCUUGCUAAAAUAUACACAAUGGUUGGAUUUAUCAAAUAGUUCGACAUCUUCUCAGAUUAUUAAGCAAUAUAAACACACUAUAUCUCUAAAUCCUCACUGGGAAGAACCCUAUUUUGCUUUAGGUCUUUUUUACAGUAGAUUUUUAGAAAAAAAGAAUGCCGAAGGUAGUUACGAAGAAGAUGGUAGCUUAGAAAAGGAAUCUAUAAAAUAUUUUUUAUUAUCAUUUGAAAAAAACACUACACAUGUAAGAGAAAGCUUGCCAAAAGUUAUUACCUAUUGGCUAAACACAUCAGAAAAACUUGUGGAAAAUAGAAAAAAUUUGGUUUUAAAAACAAACAUCGAUGAAAUGUGUGUACAUAUUGACAAUGCUAUUAAGUCAUGCCCAAGUUAUAUUUGGUAUUCUGUACUAAUCCAAUUGAUAUCAAGAGUGCUACAUCCACAUCAAAAAUCCUCAAUCAGAAUUGGUAACAUUUUAUAUUUACUUUGCAAUGAUUAUCCCGAACACAUAUUAUGGUACAUUGCAUCUUUACAAAACUCAAAUGAACCAAAAAAGGUGAAAUCUGGUCAAAAAAUCCUGGAAAAAUUUGUAAAAGAUAAUUCUUACAGAAAUGGAAGACAAUUAGUAAGUAGUGCUUUAAAAAUGGUUGAGACUUUAUCACAGAUAUGCAAAUAUGAGAAAGGGUCUGGAAAAUCGGGUAAUAAUAAUGGGUUUUUGGACAGAGACUUAAAGAUAGAUUUAAAUGUACAUUCAAAUUUAGUUGUGCCUGUCACCAGAAAUUUUGACUCUGUAUUACCAUUGACAAACUUAUCUAGCGACAAAUUUGAAAUUUUUCCUAACAAAAUAACUAUAAACAGCUUUGGCUCAGAAUUUGUUAUUUAUCAUUCUUUGAGAAGACCUAAAAAGAUACAGCUCUAUGGUUCUGAUGGGAAUCUUUAUGAGAUUCUGUGUAAAAUGGAAGACGUGAGUCAGGAUAACCAAUAUAUGCAAUUUGCCACUAACAUGGUUUAUUUAUUGAAGAAGGACUUGGAUUCGAAAAAGAGAAAUUUAGGAAUUUUAACGUAUGCAAUUUUAUCUCUUAACGAGGAUUUCGGUAUUAUUGAGUUAGUUCAGCAUGUUUCCACGGUUAGAAGUAUAUUGAUUAGCAAAUAUAGUAGUAUGAAUAAGUUAAGCUUGAUCAACAGUGUGGGUAAAUAUUGGAAAGCCAUUCCUCUAAAUGAUACAGCACAAAGACUUUCAAUUUUCCACAAUGCGCUAGAGUGUUUUACCCCCGUUUUACACGAAUGGUUCUUAGAUAACUUCCCGGAUCCUAUCAAUUGGUAUAAUUCUAAGCAAAAUUUUUCAAGGUCAUAUGCCGUUAUGUGCAUGGUUGGCCAUAUCUUAGGGCUAGGCGACAGACAUUGUGAUAACAUUUUGAUUAAUGUUAAAACUGGGCAAGUUUUACAUGUAGAUUUUGACAUUUUAUUUGAUAAGGGUAAAGACUUGAAAAUACCAGAGAUUGUCCCCUUUAGAUUAACACAUAAUUUUGUCGACGCUUUGGGUAUUACAGGCAUUGAAGGUACAUUCCGGAAGGCCUGCGAAGUAACGUUGACUUUAAUUAGGGGUAACGAACUGACAUUGAUUAAUGUUAUUGAAACUAUUAUGUAUGGUAGAAUGGUUCGGAAAACUACUGACGGUAGAAUAAUAGGUCCUGGAAGAAAUAAUUGGACCAUAAACCAAACUAUGGAAGUUAUAAGAAAUAAAAUGAGAGGUAUUGAUCCUCAUGACGGGGUCUCAAUUAGUGUAACUGCUCAAACAGAUGCUUUAAUUAAGGAAGCCAUAUCAGAUGAAAAUCUUUGCAAGAUGUUCAUUGGCUGGCUACCUUUUUGGUAG